GACCAGUUGAAACCAGUAUGGACCAGUAUGGACCAGUAGGAACCAGUAUGGACCAGUACGGACCAGUUAGAACCAGUACAGGCCAGUUAGAACCAGUAGAAACCAGUACAGACCUGUGACCUCCCAAUGACCUCCCAGUCCCUCCCAGUUCAUCCCAGUAACCUCCCAGACCCCUCCCAGUGCUCCCAGUUCAAACCAGUGUCCCCAGUUCCCUCCCAGUCCCUCCCAGUGCCCCCAGUUCACCCUCCCAGUACGAACCAGUUCACCCUGUCCAUUGCCUCCCACUCACCCCAGUCCCUCCCAGUCCCUCCCAGUUCAAACCAGUUCACUCCCAGUGUCCCCAGUUCACCUCUGGCUCCAUCCCAGUAUGGCCCAGUGUCCUCCCAGUGCUCCCAGUUCAAUUCCACUUCCCUCCCAGUGCUCCCAGUUUGUUCCCAGUGCUCCCAGUGUCCUCCCAGUGCUCCCAGUUCACUCCCAGUUCACUCCCAGUGUCCUCCCAGUGCUCCCAGUUCACCUCUGGCUCCAUCCCAGUAUGGCCCAGUGUCCUCCCAGUGCUCCCAGUUUGUUCCCAGUGCUCCCAGUGUCCUCCCAGUGCUCCCAGUUCACUCCCAGUUCACUCCCAGUGUCCCCCCAGUGCUCCCAUUUGUUCCCAGUGCUCCCAGUUCACUCCCAGUGUCCUCCCAGUGCUCCCAGUUUGUUCCCAGUGCUCCCAGUUCACUCCCAGUGUCCUCCCAGUGCUCCCAGUUCACCUCUGGCUCCAUCCCAGUAUGGCCCAGUGUCCUCCCAGUCCCUCCCAGUUCACCCCAGUUCAAUUCCACUUCCCUCCCAGUGCUCCCAGUUCAUUCCCAGUUUGUUCCCACUUCCCUCCCAGUGCCCUCCAGUCUCUCCCAGUACAAACCAGCAGCUCCCAGUGCCCCCCCCCCAGUUUGCUCCCAGUUUGUUCCCAGUGCUCCCAGUCCAAACCAGUCCACACCAGUACACACCAGUGGCCGGCAGCAGCCCCCCAGUGCCCCCCAGUACAAACCAGUCCCUCCCAGUGCCCCCCAGUUUGCUCCCAGUGCCUCCCAGUUCAAACUAGUACAAACCAGUACACACCAGUAUAAACCAGUACACACCAGUGGCCAGCAGCAGCAGCCUCCCAGUGCCCCCAGCCCAAACCAGUAUAAACCAGUACAAACCAGCAGCUCCCAGUGCCCCCCCAGUUCGCUCCCAGUGGCCUCCCAGUGCCCCCCCAGCCCAAACCAGUACAAACCAGUAUAAACCAGUACAAACCAGUGGCCAGCAGCAGCAGCGGCAGCAGCCGCUCCAUCGGGAGGAGGAGGAGGG